AUGAAGGGACUCAGAAGUCUGGUGGCAACAACCUUGGCUCUUUUUCUAGUGUUUUCUUUCUUAGGAAAUUCGAGCAGUGCACCACAGGGACUCGAGAGAAGGAACUGGACUCCUCAAUCUAUGCUCUAUCUGAAGGGUGCACAGGGGCGUCUCUUCAUCUCGGACCAGAGCCGGAAGAAGGACCUCUCCGACCGGCCGCCGCCGGAGAGACGCAGCCCAAAUCCCCAAGUACUAACUCUUCCAGAAGCAGCAGCUCUGCUCUUGGCUUCCUUGCAGAAACCACAAGAAGCUGGAGAAGAAAACUUUGAUCAAACCAGAGUCCUAGAAGACAGUCUACUAAACUGGUGAAAAUAGACCAACUCACAUUUGAAUACAGUUCCAUUCCUGCUGAAAACAUAAAGCAUGUAAAUAAAGCCCUUGGACCCUUUUUACUUCCAUUGUAAUGUUAGGAACAUGCAUAACCAAUUUUAUUCUUUCCAGAAGUAAAGGUAAUAUAGGGUUCUUAGCUGGGGACACCAUGGCCUUCUUUCAUUGCUUCAGGUCCUGUUUAGGUCACCUUGUGUCUUACUCCCAUUCGUAAUUAUAAGGCUAGAGACUCUUUAGAGUGUGCUUUCUAUUUGUUAUAACAAGUAUCCAUCUUAAUCUAGUGAGUUUUAGUUGUUGGCUUUUUCAUUCCUUUACCCCUUGCAUUGUCUUGCACUCAGCAGUGAAUCUCCCUCUCCUUUUCUGCCUUUUUCCCAUCUCCAUGGGGGGUGAGGGGAGAAGCAUGGCAGGAUGGGAAAGAGCAGAGUGUGUUCUCUGAGUAGUUCAUCUUGGAGAUGGAAGUCGUUAAGAAGGGAAGAAGGAGGGAGGUGACUGGGAAGAAGCCCGUGAUAAGAACACUUCACUGUAGUUGCUAAAGGGGGGAGAGGGCGGAUCUGUGAGGCUGGUAGAAGGUUCCUUAGUGGGGCGCUCCCCUUUGUGCUCUUUGGGGAUGUCCCUGAAUUCAGGGGGUUACUGGUAAAUAAGCAGAUGGAGACACUCUGCUCCUGUGUACAUUGUACAAAAGGAACAAACCAGUUUUUCAGAGGCAACUCAUGUUCCACAGCUAAACAGACUCAAAGACUCUGCUUACUCUAACUGACUAGAGCUCUCGGCUUUAUUAUACAUUAAAACGUUAGAUAAAGGUGCCCUGAUAACAUCAGUACUCGGUGAUAUGCCUCAUCUGCUCCUUCUGAAGACUUUUAAGACUAUCUGAAAACACACACACACACACACACACACACACACACACACACACACACACACACUCAUCCACAGUGGGCAUAAUAACCUAUUUAUUCGGAGUUACAAUAUGAUCAACAUGUUAAUUUUUUUGACCUAAGUAGUUGAGAGUUGUUACUGAUAAAUGUCAUAAGUGGAAAGUAUUGUUAAUUCUUACUGUCAUCAGUAUAUAGCCAUUAUUCAGUAGCUAAAGGAUAUCUUUAUGUGAAUGUAUUGGUACUUAGGAGUUACAAUUUCACUGUGUUAUGAAGUCAGAACCCUGCUUAUAAGAUUUGUCUGUAUCUUGUAUCAUAAUUGAAUAAUGAAACUAUAUUCAAGUAAUUGUCACACUGAUCUCUUCCAAAAAAUAAUAUGCUAGCAUUAAAAAAUAUGUGGUAUCAUAAUAGGCACUUGUCAUUUAUUAUGAUUUGAUUUAAGUGGAUUUUCUAGAUAGUGCAUAUGUCCCAUUUGUUGAGAUUUUACUCCUCUGACAUAGAGGUGUACAUACUGGCUAUUCAAACCUUAUGCUCAUUCCAAGACUGUUUUAAAACCCCAACACAUGAAACAAUUCUUCCCACAACUAAAUAGAACAAUCUCAAGUCUUUCACACUAAAACAGAGUUUUUAAAAACCUUUUAAGUGACCAACAACUAUUAAAAUCAUUCAGUAUCAUAUUGGAAGACUAUUAGUAUUGUAUAUAAUACCAAGUAUUAUAGGUGCUUGAAUUCCUUGAAUGUUGUUCUGCCAUACAGAUGUGCUGAUUAACAUAGUAGUUGCAGGCCGCCUGGGUGGCUCAGUUGGUUAAGCAUCUGCCUUCGACUCAGGUCAUGAUCUCAGGUCCUGUAAUUGAGUCCCGUAUCUGGCUCCCUGCUC